AUGCGCCAUUGUCGCAACGGCUUUCAAGAUUCUCUUAUUCCCUGCUUAGUACGUCGCAUCCUGUCCGAAACCCCCGAACCGAGACGAAGGGGGGGAAAGAUCUCCAAAGAACCAAUUCUCAUCAGCUUCUUCCAAUGCAGUAAAUCAACCGACUUUGAAGUUCACCGGAACUGGCUCGCAAUUACCCAUUCCCUGCCCGUAAAGGAUUGGUACUACGAGAAAACUUCGGAAUGGACUCUCGACUACCCUCCCUGUUUCGCGAUAUUCGAGUGGUUGCUAUCCCAAGCAGCGCGCUAUGCAGACCCGGCCAUGCUGGUCGUCAGCAAUCUGAACUAUGAUUCGUGGCAGACCGUUUACUUCCAGCGGGCGACGGUUAUCCUCACGGAGUUUGUUCUCGUUUACGCAUUGAGCCGGUAUAUCAAGUCCGUCCACCCGUCGAACAAACACCUCGCGCAUAUCGCCAGUCUAUCCAUCCUGCUCUCCCCCGGCCUCUUGAUCAUUGACCACAUCCACUUCCAAUACAACGGCUUCCUCUAUGGAAUAUUGAUCUUAUCCAUUGUCCUGGCCCGAAAGCAGUCGACUCUCCUUCUCAGUGGCAUCACGUUCGCAAUCCUGAUUUGCUUGAAACACAUCUACCUAUAUCUCGCUUUGGCCUACUUCGUGUACUUGCUGAGAGCAUACUGCCUGGAUCCUAAAUCGUUCUUCCGACCCCAGUUUGCGAACAUCUUCAAACUCGGCGUGUGCAUCGUCGGCAUAUUUGCCAUAGCUUUUGGCCCGUUCCUCCAAAUGGGCCAGCUGCUUCAACUGAAGGACAGACUGUUCCCGUUUUCACGAGGCCUAUGCCAUGCUUACUGGGCACCGAACAUAUGGGCAAUGUACUCAUUUACCGAUCGUGUUCUUAUCCAACUUGCUCCACGCUUGGGCCUUACGGUCAACCAAGAGGCUCUGGCCAGCGUCACCCGCGGACUUGUCGGAGACAGUUCUUUCGCCGUCCUCCCCGAGGUGACCAAGGAACACACUUUCAUCCUCACUCUUCUAUUCCAGCUGCUUCCGUUGGUCAAACUCUGGCUGCGUCCUGACUGGGACACCUUUGUUGGGGCCAUCACCCUUUGUGGCUAUGCUUCUUUCCUGUUCGGCUGGCAUGUUCAUGAAAAGGCCGUGCUCCUGAUUAUCAUUCCGUUCAGCUUGAUCGCACUUAAAGAUCGCCGAUACUUCAGCGCUUUCCGUCCUCUCGCCGUGGCAGGCCAUGUCUCCCUCUUCCCGUUGCUCUUUACGGCGGCAGAAUUUCCCAUCAAGACCGUCUACACCAUCUUGUGGCUGAUUCUGUUCCUUUUCGUGUUCGACCAGGUCGCGCCCGUCCCAGAACGGCCACGGAUCUUCCUCGCCGAUCGCUUCUCCCUACUCUAUCACACGGUAGCCAUUCCCCUGAUCGUUUACUGCUCCCUGAUCCACCAGCUCAUCUUCGGCCUGGGACGACUCGAAUUCUUGCCCCUGAUGUUCAUGAGCAGUUACUCGGCUCUAGGAGUGGUGGGAAGCUGGGUCGGAUUCAUGGUCGUAUACUUCACAGCAUAA